GCCAAUCGAAGUAUAUAUCUGUAUAAAGACCUCAUGUUUCGAAACACUCAUUUUCACUAUACAUCUUUGCAAGAGAAGUCUGCAAUUUUCAGUAAGUAUAAGGUUGCAAGAUGAGUGACAAUGGGAAGAGUCAACAAAAUCCAAGUGAUGAGCCUAAAGUUGACAAGAGUGAUAAUGGGAAGAGUCAACAAAAUCCAAGUGAAGAGCCAAAAGUUGACAAUAUGAGUGAUAGUCAACAAAUUGCAAGUGAUGAGCCUAACUCUAGCAAGAUGGGUGAAUUCGAAAAUGCCUUGAAGAAGGAGGGUGAAGAAGGGCUCAAGGACGCUUUCCGCGUCCUCUGCCCCCGUGAAGAUGGGAAAUGUACCCUUGAAUGUGACCAUCUUCAGCGUGCAGUCAAUGCUCGAGGUUCAGAAAUCACAGAGGAAAAAGCCAAGGAGAUUAUUCAAGAAUUCAGUCAACAAGGCUUGUUUAGUUGUGAAGACUUUGUCUACAUUGUCAAAGCAAUCGUCGCGGUGAAAAACAAUGGCCUCGAGAAAGCUUUCGAAAUCCUCAGGAAAGAUGGCACAGUAGGUGUCAAAGAUGUUCAACUCACUGCUAUUCUUCGAGAUGUCAAACACCAAAAUGCCAAAGAGAUGAUAGGCCAAGUUAAUAAACCUAGAGGCUUAUUUAAUUGCAAGGAGUUCCUUCAAAUUAUCAAGUAAGAAAUUACUCCCACCACCAAAUUUUAUGUUACAGAAAAGUUUAGCAUAUUUUUUUCCUUUAAUAUUUGUGACUUUUUCUAAUUUAUGUAGUAUUUCUUAAAAUAUGGAUCAAAACAUGGUAGAAGCUUUGAGGACCAACAGCAUUAUUAAGUCGUAGAUAAAAUCAAAUAAUUUGUUUAGUACGACUAAUUAUUUUUAGAAUAAAACAUAUAUGUAAUAAAUCUAAAUUCUUAUAUAUUAGUCAAAUCAAUGAUAUAUAAUCUUUUCGUUCAUAUAUAAAUGUGUCACUUUGAGAUGGCACAUAUUUUAAUAAUGGAAAGGAAAUUGAGUGGAAAAUUUUAUGGAAUAUGAAUCAUAUUUCAAUAAAUUUUCUUCUUCUGUAUAAUAAAAAUUUUAGGUGAUAGUGUAGUGCGGAAUGGUAUGGUACAUACUCCUUCCGUCCUUCUAUAGCCGAGUCGUAUUCAUUUUUGAAUUAUCCCACUAUAGCUGAGUCGUUUCUUUUUUUUUGGGCAAAAAGCAAGAACUUUUCUUCUCUCUUUUUUUACUCUCUCUUAUUUUAUUCUCUCUUCAUCUCUUUACCUUUUUCCUUUCUACUUUAUUAUUCAUUUACUUAGCUCACUUAACACAACUUUUCUUAAAUCUCGUGCUAAAAAGAAACACCUCUACUAUAGAGGAACGGAGGGAGUACUUUAUGUGAGCAAUACCAUCUUUCGAAACACGUUUACUGUUGUUUUUUAUAUAUUAUUGCCAUUUUUAAUUUUAAAAAAAGUCAAAAAAUUAAAGCUUGAUUUGUUAUUUUAUUUUAUAUUUAAAGUUGUAUAGAAAACGAAUAAAUUGAGCUUUGAUUUUUAUUAAUUUUUAAAAUUUAAAAAUGUCAAUAACUUUUUAAAUGAAUUAGAUUAACACUUAAUAUACUAUAUAAAACAAUGCAAACACCGUUAAACGUAGGGGUGGUUAAGUACGAUAUACCUUACCGUAUGCGAAAAAAUCGUACCUUUACCUUACCAAAAUUUUCGGUAUACCGAAUUUCGGUAUGGCAAAAUUUUAUACUGAUACCUUACUUCAUUUUUGGUAUACCAUACUGAAGUUCGGUAUACCGUACUUUGAGGUAUACCUGAC